UCCCGGCGUCCGCGCGGGCGUCGCGGCGCCGGGCCUGGUCGGUUGCUGAGGCGGGCGAAGGCCCCUGAGUGAGAGGAGGAACCCCGGGUCGGAGAGAGGGGGAAAAGAGGACGACAAGGACGAGGAGGAGGCGGUGGCGGCUUCCGUUCAGGUAUCGUGAGGAGCGCGAGAGGUGGCCGUGGGAUUUAUUAAUUAAAGGUGAUUCGCCUGGGAAAGGCAGGAUGGGUUUGAGGUCCACACAGGCUGCCUUUUUCCCCAUCGGCAGCAUCGCCGAGGUGGUGAAGCUGUUUGAGUUCGAGCUGAGGAGGGACGAGCCCGACCUCACCCUGCUGUCCCUCGUCCUGGGCUUCGUCGAGCACUUCCUGGCUGUCAACAGAGUCGUUCCCAUCAAUGUGCCCGGUUACAGCUUUGAGGCCUCCUCGUUGGAGGCUGGCUCAGAGUCCGCAGCCUGUUUCCCCCGUGUGGACCUCCUUCAGAUCAGGGCCCUGCACACCAGAUUCACCACCAUGAUCCGGGGAGCAGUCGACCGGUCCCUCUACCCUCUGAAGGGGGGUUACUCUAGCCGGGAGCUAGUGAAGAAGAUAUCCGACGUUAUCUGGAACAGCUUGAGCCGCUCGUACUUCAAGGACAGAGCGCACAUCCAGUCUCUCUUCAGCUUCAUCACGGGUACUAAACUGGAUAGCUCGGGGGUGGCCUUUGCAGUGGUGGCUGCCUGCCAGGUCCUGGGACUCCGUGAUGUCCACUUGGGGCUAUCGGAGGAUCAUGCCUGGGUGAUCUUUGGUGAAAACGGGGAGGAGACGGCCGAGGUGACCUGGCAUGGCAAAGGCAACGAGGACAGGAGGGGACAGACCGUGACUGCAGGCAUUGCCGAAAGGAGCUGGCUGUACCUGAAAGGCUCUUACCUGAAAUGCGACCGCAAAAUGGAAGUGGCGCUCAUGGUGUGUGCCAUCAACCCAUCGAUUGACCACCACACUGACAGCGUGGAGCUCCUGCAGCUGCAGCAGCACCUCCUGUGGCUACUGUACGAUCUCGGGCACCUGAGCAAGUAUCCAAUGGCACUGGGGAAUCUGGCAGACUUAGAGGAGUUGGAACCAAUGCCAGGGAGACCAGAUCCGCUGACGCUUUAUCAUCAGGGCAUUUCCUCAGCGAAAGAGUAUUACAACAAUGAACAUGUCUACCCUUACGUCUACCUGGCAAGCUACUUCUGUCGUAAUAAGAAUGUCAAGGAGGCUCUGGCCUCCUGGGGUGACGCAGCCACCGUCAUUCAGGAUUACAAUUACUGUAGGGAGGACGAGGAGAUUUACAAGGAGUUCUUUGACAUUGCCAACGACAUCAUCCCCAACCUCAUCAAGGAGAUGGCCAGCAUGGUGGAGGCCUCCGAGGAACACGGGGACGCAGACAGUGGGACUGAGGGUCCACAUGGACAGCCCACUCCCAGCACUGCCCUGCAGGACCCUGAGAGCUUUGCUCAGCUGCUGAGGUUCUAUGAUGGGAUCUGUAAGUGGGAGGAGGGCAGCUCCACACCUGUCCUUCACGUGGGCUGGGCCACCUUCCUCGUGCAGUCCAUCAGCAAGUUCGAUGGACAGGUCCGUCACAAAGUGACAAUCAUCGUGAAGGACACGGAGACCAAUGAGGAUGAUGACCAGCACAGUGACGAUUCACGAGAUGCCCGCCGGCGUGGUCCACGCCGCGAGUCCAAGGCCGAGGAGCCUCCUCCCGCCAAGAAGUUCCUGGCCGAGAAGGUGGUGGAGCGACGGCGAUCAGCCCCUAGCCAGAGGACGGGGGCCACGCCUGCCCCAGCCCCAGCACCGCCCCCCCCUGUGCCCACCCCCACUCCAGGAGCCGCCUGUGUCACCUUCCACAGUGAGAAGAUGAAAGGUAUGAAGGAGCUGCUGACUGCCUUAAAGAUCAACUCGAGUGCCAUCAAAUUGCAGCUGACUGCACAGUCCCAGGUCCAGAUGAAGAAACAGAAACUGAGCUCAGCCAGUGACUACACCUUGUCCUUCAUGAAGAGGCAACGCAAGUCCCUCUAGAGACAGAGAGCGAGGUGGGGGGGGAAACGGGGCGCGAGG